AUGGCGGCUCAGGCCCCAGGCCUGGUCUCGGACUCGCUCGCUAUUCAUGAUGUCGAGCCUGUCAACACCACUGGACAAAGUAACCCAGUUUCCAGUGAGAAGCCCGAGAAAAGUAUCAUCCCCGCGUCGUACCACCUUAGUGUGGGUGACGAGGACCCAACCGCAAAUGAACUUCAUGGCCCCAACGCGUUGCGUCGCGUCUCAGCUUCGAUUCCCUGGGUCGUCUACACCGUUGCAUUUGUUGAACUGUGCGAGCGUUUCUCCUACUAUGGAACCCAAGUUCUCUACUCCAACUUCGUGAACCACGCACUGCCUCUUCCUGCUCCGAAUGGCCCUCCUGGAUCAAACCAUGCAACUGGUGCUGGUGGUCCUAGCUCCCAGGGUGUAUCGGGUGCUUUGGGCAAGGGUGUCGAAACUGCCAGCGCCAUCAACACCUUCAACACCUUCUGGUGCUACUGCCUUCCUCUGGUGAGUGCCUACAUCGCCGACGAGUACUGGGGAAGAUACAAGACCAUCUCUUGGUCUAUCGGGGCCGCCAUUUUAGGUCACAUCAUUCUAGUUAUCUCUGCCAUCCCACCGGUUAUCACAAACACCGAUGCUUCCUUCGCUGUGUUCGUUCUGGGUGUAAUCAUCAUGGGUUUGGGCACUGGUGGCUUCAAGCCUAACAUAUCCGCCCUGAUUGUCGAGCAGAUACCUGCUGUCAAUCUCAAGGUUCGUACGCUCGAAACCAGUGAACGUGUUGUCGUCGAUCCUACUAUCACUCAGAGCCGUAUCUACCACUAUUUCUACCUGUUCAUCAACCUGGGCGCAUUGAUGGGUCAGAUUGGCAUGGCCUAUUCGGAGAAGUACAUCGGGUUCUGGUUGGCCUUCCUGCUGCCCACCCUUAUGUUCCUGACUACUCCGUUCAUCAUGUGGUGGGGUCGCAAGCGUUAUCGCCAGUCUCCCCCAGCAGGCUCGGUGACUUACAAGGCCAUCAAGGCAUUCUGGUUCUGUAUGCGCAACCGCUGGCACUUCAACCCAUACAUCCUCUGGAAGCGAACGCACGAUGGCACCUUCUGGGACACCGCGAAGCCCUCUAACAUCGAGCCCCGAUUCCGACCCAAGUGGAUGACCUUCGACGAUGCGUGGGUGGACGAAGUGCGCCGUGGAUUUGCCGCUUGUGCUGUAUUUUGUUAUUUCCCGGUCUACUGGCUAGCCUACAACCAAUUGACAAACAAUCUCACUGCACAGGCUGGCACGAUGACCCUGAAAGGCGUCCCAAACGACGUUGUGAACAAUCUUGACCCCUUGGCGCUGCUCAUCCUCGUCCCGCUCUGCGACACGUUUCUAUACCCCGGGCUGCGCAAAAUGGGCAUUCAAUUCACGGCCAUCAAGAAAAUCACCCUUGGUUUCUGGAUAGCGUCGCUCUCUAUGAUCUGGGCGGCUGUCAUCCAGUACUACAUCUACCAGACUUCGCCCUGCGGCUACCGAGCUAACAACUGCUACACCGACGACGGCAGCGUCAACCCGUCUCCUAUCAUUGUGUGGGCUCAGACGGGCUCCUACGUCCUUGUUGCUGUAUCGGAGAUUUUUGCAGUCAUCACUUCAAUGGAGUAUGCCUACUCCAAGGCACCUCGAAAUAUGCGUUCCCUCAUCCAAGCGAUCAAUAUGUUCACCAACGCCAUCUCCGCUGCCAUCGCUGAGGCUUUGAUUACGCUUUCCAGGGACCCUCUGUUGAUCUGGAACUAUGCCGUCUUCGCUAUCUUGACCUUUGUCGGUGGAACCAUCUUCAUUAUCCAGUUCUGGAGUCUGGAUAAGGAGGAGGACGAGUUGAACAACUUGCCCGAGGGUCAUGUGCAGGCUAGCGAGAACCCGGAAGGCAAUCCGGAAGGCCAGGCACAGUUUGAACAUGCCGAGAUUGGCCCUGGUCGUGGUUGA